CGUUGGUAUCGAUCAAUACAGAUGCCAGAGUUGUUGGUGUCGGUGGUAUCGGUGUGUCUGGAUCGAUCCGCCCGGCCCUCGCGCAGCCUGAGCCUCCAUCCUGGCACUUUCCUUCAUCCUGGUAACUCGCAAGUCCCCGGACCAAAAACAGGAAGUGUAGGAUGAGUUUAGCUGCAGAUGACGACGAAGCUGAAGCGCUGGAAACCGUCGAGUCGGUCACGCUCACUCAGGACAGUGAUGGAAGCAUCAUACUGCACUGUCCACACAACGAUGAUGACUCGGAGCCUCUUCAGAAGAAGCUUCGACUCUCGACAGAAGACCCAGAAGACUCGGAGACGCCUCAGUUCUCCGUCGUCACUUUACCCAUCUCGGAGAACGACGAGAGCUUCGAGGUGACGAUGACGGCCACGGCGGACGCAGAUCUCUCAGAGGACGGCGUCGCUCAGAUUCAGAUCCUGCAGGAGGACGAGGACUCUAUGUCGCCCAGUCAGAAGACGGAAGUGUCGCCUGUCAGUCAGGCCUGGUUCACCACCAAAGAAGACAAAGACACACUGACCAACAAAGGUCACAAGUGGAAACAGGGCAUGUGGUCUAAAGAGGAGAUUGACAUUCUGAUGAGCAACAUCGAACGAUACGUGAAGGGCCGAGGCAUCGAGGACCCAGCAGAGAUUAUCUUUGAGAUGUCCAAAGAGGAGAGGAAGGACUUCUACCGCUCUGUGGCUUUGGGGUUAAACCGGCCGCUGUUCGCCGUCUACAGGCGAGUCCUGCGAAUGUACGACAACCGCAACCACGUCGGCAAGUACACACCGGACGAGAUAGAGAAGCUAAAAUCGUUGAGGGAGAAACACGGGAACGACUGGGCGACUAUCGGAGCAGCUCUGGGUCGCAGCGCCUCGUCCGUCAAAGACCGAUGUCGUCUCAUGAAGGACACCUGCAACACAGGUAAAUGGAGCGAGGACGAGGAGCGGCGCCUCGCCGAGGUCGUCUACGAGAUGGCGGGCGCGUCCCCGGGGUCGGCGGUCACGGGGGGCGUCUCCUGGGCGACGGUGGCGGAUCAGGUCCGCACGCGCUCAGAGAAGCAGUGUCGCUCAAAGUGGCUGAACUACCUCAACUGGAAACACAGCGGAGGGACGGAGUGGACGAAGGAGGACGACCUGAACCUCAUCCGCAGGAUAUCGGAGCUGGAGGUGGAGGAUGAGAACGAGAUCAAGUGGGAGGAUCUGGCCGGAGGCUGGAGCAGCGUCCGGUCGCCUCAGUGGCUUCGGUCCAAGUGGUGGAGCAUCAAGAGACAAGUGGCCAAUCACAAGGAGAUUCCCUUCAACGUCCUCCUGAAGGGCCUCCAGGAGCUGAUGGCGUCCACACAGUCCACCUCCGGACCCGGGAGCCCCGCCUCCUCCGCCACCACCGCCUCCUCCUCGCUGCAAAUCCGACUCACCCGAUUGGAGGAGAGCAGCAGUAGCCCCGCCCCCAGCUCCGUGGCGGCGCUGCAGAUUCCCGUUCAGAUCCCUCUGCAGAUCACACACCUGGCCUCAGAUUCUGCCGCCGCCUCCAGCGACAGUGAAACCAUCACCCUGAACACCGGCGCCCUGCAGACCUUCGAGAUUCUACCGUCCUUCCACCUCCAGCCGACCGGGACCCCGGGGACCUACUACCUCCAGACCACGUCCAACCAGGGCCUCCCGCUCAGCUUAGCCAACAACAGCACCGUCACCCUGACGACAGGCUCCUCCCCCUCAUCCCAUGAGCACAUCAUCCUCCACGGCCUCUCGACCGACGCCCUCUGCUCCAGCGACGGCGUCAUCAUCCAGACCGUCACCUCCGACCCCGCCUCCGCCUCCGCCUCCUCCGACCCGCUCGGCCAAUCGCAGCUGGUCGUGGAGGCGGAGGGGCGGGGCCAGGACGACCAGGGCCUCGACGACGCCACGAGUCUCCUGGAGGGUUCGGAUCGCGCCGAGACUCAGGAGGCGAUGGCGGAAGGCUUCGCUGAUAAGGAGCUGAGUUCCGCCUCCGUCGAGGGGCCAGUGGUGCAUUCUGGGAUACCGAGCGGCAGCGCCGUGCUAAUCGUGUCCCCCCCCAACAUCAGCAGCACUUUGACAGAUCCCAUCUUGGAGAACCAGGAAGUCUCGGACUGAAGACUGAAGACGGAGGAAACAGAAGAAGAGGAGGAGACUGUGAGUAAAACGGGAUGUGAACUCUGUUUUUUAAAAAACGGGCUGAAGCUUCACCCCGAACGCCCGGCGGAUGAAACUCCUCGUAAACUCCACGGUGCCAAAGAGACUCCGAACAAUGUGAACAGACUGAACACGAGUGAAGCCAGAACAUCUGGGACGAACGUGGCAUCGUUAACAUAUUUAAAUCAUUCUUUGCUGCCUUCAGAGGGAACUCGUGGCGUUAGCAUCAGUCACUUAGCACGAGUAAAAUAAUGUUUGUUUGUUUUUUUACGACUAAAUUAUAAUAUAUUAACUAUUAACCGUUCACUUCCAUCAUUUCCGAACCUAAAGGAAGUUUUCUAGUAACGAGGUUGAGUUUCAGAUGCAGCGUCUGUGACGAGAUCAGGAUGAAUGAGCUUCUUUUUGUAACUGGUGGAAUAAAAUAAUGAAAAUAAACUAUUUCAAUUACUUUUCACUUUUAUUUAAA